AUGCAGGCCGCCGCCACUCUCCCUGAGGAGAUCCGAUGGCUCCUAGAAGAUAGCGAAGAGUUCCUAUUGGAAGGCUUGCGGAAUGAGAACCUUAGUGCUGGUGCAAGAGACCACAGAGACCACAUUCUGCGGGGCUUUCAGCAAAUCAAAGCCAGGUAUCACUGGGAUUUUCAGCACCCAGGGGGAGACCAACCUGAAAGUUACCUCGGACAGGACAGCUCUGAUGAAAAUCACAGUGGAACACAUGGCCCUUCCUUCAUACCUGAUGCACCUUUUUUGUCAGAUUAUCAAGAUGAGGGAAUGGAAGACAUCAUAAGAGGAGCUCAAGAACUAGAUAACAUCAUCAAGCAAGGAUACUUGGAGAAGAAGAGCAAAGAUCAUAGUUUCUUUGGAUCAGAGUGGCAGAAGCGAUGGUGUGUUGUCAGCAGAGGCCUCUUCUACUACUACGCUAAUGAGAAAAGCAAGCAGCCCAAAGGGACCUUUCUCAUUAAGGGCUACAGUGUACGGAUGGCCCCCCAUCUGCGAAGAGAUUCCAAGAAAGAAUCCUGCUUUGAACUGACCUCACAGGAUAGGCGCAGCUAUGAGUUUACAGCUUCUAAUCCAGCUGAAGCCAGAGAUUGGGUAGAUCAAAUAAGUUUCUUGCUAAAGGAUCUGAGCUCCCUAACCAUUCCAUAUGAAGAUGAGGAGGAGGAGCAGGAGGAAGAAGAGACAUAUGAUGAUAUUGAUGGGUUUGAUGCCUCAAGUCCUGGUUCCCAAUGCAGACCCAUUAUCUUAUCUGGGAGUAUGGGGACUAAAGAGUCUGUAGAGGAGAAAUUGGAAGAAGAUAUUUAUGAAGUCUUACCAGAUGAAGAGCACGUUCUGGAUGAGGAGGAGAAUGGCACUCCACAACCAGGAGUGGACUAUGCCAGUUAUUAUCAGGGCCUCUGGGAUUGUCAUGGUGACCAGCCAGAUGAACUGUCCUUCCAACGGGGUGACCUCAUCCGAAUUCUGAGCAAGGAAUAUACUAUGUAUGGCUGGUGGGUAGGAGAACUGAACAGCAUUGUUGGGAUUGUUCCAAAGGAGUACCUCACCACUGCCUUUGAACUGGAAGAAAGAUGA